CGGUGAUCUACUUAACUCGGGUGGUUGACUCGAUUCUGUAUAACCUGAUCACACAAUUGAAGUGUCAGCUCGACGACAAGCGUGACAGCCCGUCGACUGUCUCGUCCGUCCUCUGUCCUUACUUUCUUCAUAAUAUUGUGUCGUGCAGUUGAUUCGCGAUGUUCACGGGGACAGUGAAGAUCAAAAUAUGCGAGGCAGUCGGACUAAGGGCGACGGACAAGCAACGCAAGUUUUGGCAGGAUGAACCUAUACUCGAUCCUUACGUUCAACUGGACGUCGACGAGAAUCAUCUUGAUCGUUCAUCUACCAAACCGAAAACUUUCGACCCUGUAUGGAACGAGUGUUUUACCCAUGAAGUCCAGGAUGCGGUAAUGCUCGGACUCACCGUCUUCCACGAUGCGGCAUUACCGCCAGAUUAUUUCGUCGCAAAUUGUAGUAUUCCUUUUGAGGAACUUGUCAGCAGGGAUGACAAGACUGCAGAUCUUUGGGUUGACCUUGAACCUCAAGGAAAAUUAAGAGUCAGGAUUGAUCUAAAGUGGAAUGAUCAAGAUCAACAAACAGGCUGUGGUACAGGUGAUGGAGAUGGCAUCGGAGGUAGGAGUGGUGGUAGCAUCACAGCGGGGAAGGAGCCCAGGAGGGAGUUCAAAGAACGACAGGGUUUGAACCGGCGGAGGGGUGCUAUGAGGCGUAAGGUUCAUCAAGUUAAUGGUCACAAAUUUAUGGCCACCUUCCUGAGGCAACCAACUUUCUGUUCUCACUGCCGUGAAUUCAUAUGGGGCUUGGGCAAGCAGGGCUAUCAGUGUCAAGUCUGUACAUGUGUAGUUCACAAGAGGUGUCAUAGGUCAGUUAUCACAAAAUGCCCAGGCAUGAGAGAUGAGUCAAGUCAAGAUACAGAAAGUCCACGUUUCAGUAUAGAUAUGCCACACCGUUUUGUUGUUCACAAUUAUAAAAGAUUUACGUUCUGUGACCAUUGUGGCUCACUCUUGUAUGGUUUAUUUAGACAAGGCUUACAAUGUGAAGCUUGUAAUAUUAAUGUUCACAAGAGAUGCCAGAAAAAUGUAGCAAAUAAUUGUGGUAUUAAUACUAAAGCUAUGGCUGAAAUUUUGAGUGCAAUGAAUAUAUCACCAGAUAAACAGAUAAAAACUCCAAAGAUUAAUUAUAGAACAACUACUUGUCAGUCUGGUCAACCACCUACAGCAAUAACUGUCACAGAUCCAAUACCAACGGAUAAUUCACAACCAGUUCAAAACACCGAAGAAACACUUGUUAUUGCUACAGAAAAUGCGGUACCUGCUAGUGAAAAUGAGAUUAGGAAAUUUGGAAUCGAAGAUUUUAAUUUCAUCAAAGUUCUUGGUAAAGGCAGUUUUGGGAAGGUGAUGUUAGUAGAACGAAAAACCAAUCCCGAUGAAGUUUACGCGGUAAAAAUUUUAAGAAAAGACGUGAUCAUACAAGACGACGAUGUAGAUUGCACCAUGACGGAAAAGAGGAUUUUAACACUUGCAGCAAAACAUCCUUUCCUUACAGCUAUUCAUAGUUGUUUCCAAACAAAUGAUCGUUUAUUUUUUGUUAUGGAGUAUGUAAAUGGAGGUGAUCUGAUGUUUCAUAUCCAAAGAGCUCGAAGAUUUGAUGAAGCAAGAGCACGCUUCUACGCUGCAGAAGUUACACUUGCGUUGCAGUUUCUACACAGGCAUCAUAUUAUUUAUCGAGAUCUUAAAUUAGACAAUAUAAUACUCGAUCACGAAGGUCACUGUAAAUUAGCAGAUUUUGGAAUGUGCAAAGAAGGUAUUAUUGAAGGAAAAACAACAACGACAACAUUUUGUGGUACUCCCGAUUAUAUUGCACCAGAAAUUCUUCAAGAAUUGCAAUAUGGUGCAAGCGUCGAUUGGUGGGCACUCGGUGUUUUAAUGUAUGAAAUGAUGGCUGGUCAGCCACCUUUCGAAGCUGAUAAUGAAGAAGAUCUAUUUGAAUCUAUUUCACGAGACGACGUGCUGUAUCCUAUCUGGAUUUCAAAAGAAGCAGUUUCUAUUUUAAAAGGAUUUAUGACAAAAAAUCCAGCUAAGAGAUUAGGUUGCGUUGCCGCUAAUGGCGGCGAGAACGCUAUAAGAGUCCAUCCAUUUUUUCAAGAGAUUGACUGGGAAGCACUUGAAGCACGUAAAGUGAAACCGCCAAUCAGACCAAAAACUAAAAGCAAAAAGGAUGUAAUGAACUUUGAUACGGAAUUUACAAAAGAAGAUCCAGUAUUGACGCCAGAGGAUCCUGAUGAAGUGAGCUACAUAAACCAAGAAGAAUUUCAAGGGUUCUCUUUCGUCAACAAAGACUUCAACCCAGCUAGGUUUGGAACACAAUAA